UCCUCGGUGUGUGGUUGUGGUGCAGUACCGUGUGCAGGACAGUGCGACUGCCGAGCCAAGGGUUGUUGAAUGUUGAUGUGGUAGUGUCGAUUUGUGGUGACCAAAGCUUGGUGGUGCACAAUGUCUAUUUCGGACCCUCUUAUAAAGGAGCUUAAAGGCUACAUUCUUGAAGCAACUAAAACAGGCUUAAGUGAACCUGUGAUGGACACUCAAGCAUUUCUCCUUCCUCUCUGUGAAGUAUUGGAAACAAUCUUUCGCAAAGGCCUGAAUCACACUGUCCACUCUGCGUUUGGCCUUACAAGACGAGACUACUGGUCAUGGGUGGAGAAAACUACACAGAUGUGUGCAGGGCUUGACAACAGUUACAAGCAAAUUGUAGAAGCUGUAACAAACAACACAUCUGUGUCAACACCACAAGGACGAGGAAGAUUGUUCAUUAGACAUGCUUUGAAAAAUAAGUGUCUUCAUGUACCAGUUGAAACUAUUGUGCGCAUGAAAUGCAACAGUGGCAUAUACGAAGAAGACUCCAUAAUUGGGAAUGAAAUCUUGGGUGAGAUCUUUCUCAGCCUCCUCUAUCAGUGCUCACACAUCAGUUUUGACCUGCAGCUAGAGAAUGCCUCUUUCCUGGAUGAAACUUGGCAACUCCCAAUUUACCAGGAGCAUGAACUUGUUCCCUGUAUGGAUCUUGGAGUGUAUCUUGGUCAUGUGAGCGGAAGAGCUGUGGUUGUGAAGGUGGAGGAAGGGAGUGUUGCAGCAGAAGAUAACAAAAUAGAGGUUGGUGACGUAAUUGAUGAAGCAUUUGGGACAUGUAUUCAUGGCUGGCGCCGGGGUCGGGUGUCUGCCUUGUUGCGCCAAAACCGAGGGCUUCCUGUGUCACUCAAAGUCAUUAAGGGCCACUACAGUAAUGGUACAGUGUUCUCUGGAGUGGUACCACUUCUACGCCGUCUUCAUCUUGAUAUUGACAGUUUAGAAGAAAAGUUUAGAGAAACUGCCCUGAAUGAAAGCCAAGAAACAUCACUCAUCAGUAAUCAAUUAGAAGGUCAUGUGGUGCAGUACUAUGGAAGCAUAUCAGUAGGAGUGUCAGGCGAUGUGACACACAUUGAGCAUGCUGUCUCAGCAGUUCUCAGUCAGAAUAGAGAACCUGUAACAGUCACACUUGUUACUGGUGAAAUUGGUGUUCAAGCUCUUCUGAAAAGUAACAGGAAGAUGUUGCUCAGCCACAGCUACACCGAGAUUUCGUCAUGCGGGCGGAGGAAUGAUCUGCUUGAAUACUUUGCCUACAUUGCAGGGGACACCAGUUGCACCAUAUCUCUUCACUUCACUUGCUAUGUUUUCCGAGCUAAAACAGUGGAACAGUCAAAGGAAAUUCUGCUGACAUUAGCUGAUGGCUUCCAUAGAACACAUUGGGCAGUAUAAUAGUAGCUUGUUGUAAUGAAGGUUACUGAUGUAAUUAUAUUCUUUGUGACUUUAGAUAUGUAUGUAGUAUUUUUCUAGGUGGUACUGGAUUGUUUCUUAAAAUUUGGUGCCUUUCUGACUGAGAAUUUUUGUGCAUGACAGAAAGUACUACUCCAUCUAUUGUAAUCUUUUAUGUCUUGCAUUUGUAAAUUGGUUUAGAAUAAGAUAGCUUACCUGUUUUGUGUGAAACUAUGUACAGAGAAACCCUGGUCAUCUAGCACACAUUGGGAACUCCAUGUGCUGGUCACUUGAACUUAAUGAUGCUUGAGCAUCAGUACAGAAACUAAUUAUUUUGUAUCACUCUACGUAAAGCUAUUUUGUUGAUCAACUGCUCAUGUAGAUCCAGCAGUGUAUUCUGAUUACUGAUUAAAGUUACUACAAAGGGGAGAUGACGGGAUAUGACAGCUGAAAAGUGCCAAUAUUUAUUAGACAGAUUACAGUGUCUUAUUUUAAUUCCAUCUCUAUCACCACAAUACUGUUAGUAGCAAUAGAGCUGCAAUUUGUGUGUUAACCAUAUCAAGGGUUGGUUAUGUUAAUCAUCAGAUUAAAAUUGACAAAUGACCAUAUAUAUAUAUAUAUAUA